AUGGGACGUCUCGUCACACUCGCAACAUGCUCCCUCAACCAGUGGGCUCUCGACUGGGAGGGAAAUGCAGAGCGGAUUAUUGAGAGUAUUCGUCAGGCCAAAGCUGCCGGGGCCACUCUUCGAGUCGGCCCCGAACUGGAGAUCAGCGUAGGAUAUGGGGCUCUCGAUGGGUUUAUGGAGGGAGAUACAUUUCUUCAUUCUUGGGAAAUGCUAGCCCGUAUCAUCGACCAUCCCGACUGCCAGGACAUCGUUGUCGAUGUGGGUAUGCCGGUUCGUCACAGAAAUGUGCGAUACAACUGCCGAGUGAUUUUCUAUAACCGGAAUAUCAUUUUGAUUAGGCCCAAGAUGUGGCUUGCUAAUGACGGGAAUUACCGAGAAAUGCGACACUUUACCCCGUGGCAACGACCGCAGGAAGUAGAAGACUAUUAUCUAGAGUCGAUUGUUGGCAAGAUAACCGGGCAGUACAAGGUUCCUUUCGGCGAUGCAGUUAUCAGCACGAGAGAUACAUGCUUGGGAUUGGAGACCUGCGAAGAAUUGUUCACUCCGAAUGGUCCCCAUAUCCCGUACGGUCUUGCAGGUGUGGAAAUUAUUUCCAACUCAUCUGGAAGUCACCACGAGCUGAAAAAGCUCGAUACUCGCAUAAACCUCAUUACACAGGCUACGAAAUUGAGCGGCGGUAUCUACCUGUAUGCCAACCAGCAAGGGUGCGAUGGAGAUAGACUCUACUAUGACGGAUGUGCGAUGAUAGUUAUCAAUGGAAACAUUGUGGCUCAAGGAUCACAGUUCUCUCUGAAUGACGUUGAGGUGGUCACGGCAACUGUCGAUAUCGAAGAGGUGCGAACAUACCGCAGCACAGCGAGCAGAAAUAUGCAGGCGAGCAAACAGACACCUUUUGUCCGCCUUGAUCUUGACAUGCGAUUAUCUCGUACCGAUGAAGAUGCUGAACCUAGCCUUGCUCCCUCCGACGCACUCAAGCCACGCUAUCACGCUCCAGAGGAAGAAAUCGCUUUGGGUCCCGCAUGCUGGCUUUGGGAUUAUCUCCGGCGAAGUGGCGCUGCCGGAUUCUUCCUUCCUCUUAGUGGUGGAAUUGAUAGUUGCGCUACUGCAGUCAUUGUCCAUUCAAUGUGUCGAGAGGUUAUCAAAGCUGUCUCGGAAAGGAAUGAGCAAGUCAUCAAGGAUGUCCGACGACUAUGUGCGGAGCCAGCCGACUCGACCUGGAUUCCAACCACGAGCCAGGAAGUUUGCAACCGCAUAUUCCACACUAGCUUCAUGGGCACCCAGAACUCGAGUAAAGAAACAAGAGACCGGGCUAAAGAGCUUGCGGUCGAGAUUGGAUCGUACCACAUCGACUUCAACUUCGAUACUGUGGUGACUGCUCUUACGAACCUAUUUACUGUCGUAACCAACUUCCAACCGAAGUUUAAGGUCCACGGUGGUAGUCGGGCAGAGAACCAGGCACUACAGAACAUCCAGGCCCGUCUGAGGAUGGUUCUAUCUUACCUAUUCGCGUCUCUGCUGCCGACAGUUCGCCAGCGCCCCGGUGGAGGUGGACUCCUUGUUCUGGCAUCGUCCAAUGUUGAUGGUUAUUUACGAGGCUAUCUAACGAAGUACGAUGCCAGCAGCGCCGACUUAAACCCUAUCGGCUCUAUUUCCAAAGUCGACCUCAAAAAAUUCAUCUCCCACUCCUCAGACUCGUUCUCCAUGCCCAUCCUAACCCAAUUCCUAAACGCCACACCCACAGCGGAGCUCGAACCUAUAACAGCCACCUACGUGCAAUCCGACGAGGCCGACAUGGGGGUGACCUACGCAGAGCUCGGCACCUUUGGAUACCUGCGCAAGGUCUCAAAGCUGGGCCCCUGGUCAAUGUAUGAGCGCCUCCUGCACCUUUGGGGCAAUGAAUACAGCCCUCGGGAAAUCUAUGAGAAGACAAGACACUUCUUCUAUAAUUAUGCGAUUAAUCGUCAUAAGAUGACGGUUAUAACGCCCAGUUACCACGCGGAGCAGUAUAGUCCCGACGAUAAUAGGCAUGAUUUGAGGCAAUUUCUUUACCCGUCAUUUACAUGGGCGUAUAAGAAAAUGGAGGAUAGUGUUAAAUACUGGGAGUCGAAAGGCUGGACGACCGGUAAGGCACAGAAGAAGAGCGUGAAGGCUGAUUAG